AUGGCAACAAUACUAAUUACCAUCCUUAGAUUUCUUGGCUUCAUGACCCUCUUCAUCACAGCAAGUGCACAAUCCCCAGACUACAUGGGUGAUGACUGCCAAAACUCAACAGAAGAAGCUCUCACAACUACAUACCAAACCAACCUUAACAACUUCCUCUCAUGGCUAUCAUCUGAUGUUACCACAAGCAAUGGAUAUAACCACACCAUCAUAGAAACCAACACAGUUGAUGCUAUCUAUGGUCUCUAUGAUUGCAGGGGUGAUGUCACAGGAUCUUUCUGCCAUUUCUGUGUCUCUACUGCAGCCUCAGAAAUUCUUCAGCGCUGUCCUAACAGAUCCUCUGUUGUUAUAUGGUAUAACUACUGCGUUCUAAGAUACUCAAACCAUGAUUUUAUUGGGAACCUUACAACAACCCCAUCAAUACAAAAUGUGGGAGACAAGAACAUCACUAAUCCAGAAGAACUUCAGAAAGCUGAUAAUUAUAUGCAAAGUUUGAUAAGAGAAGCUACCGUGGAGACCAACCAGUUGUUUGCAAUGGGUGAGUUCAACUUGAGUACUUCUGAGGAAAGGUAUGGUUUGGUGCAGUGCAGCAGGGACAUUACUGCUGAUGAGUGCAGCCAGUGUUUGGAGGCUAUGUUGGACAAAGUUCCUCAAUGCUGUGGAACAAAGCUGAAUUGGCAGGUUUCAGCUCCAAGCUGUCUGAUGAAGUAUGAUGACUAUAUGUUUUACCAGAUUACUAAUCAAACAUCUUCUCCUUCGCCUAAUUCAGGUACAUGUACCAAUCAGGGAGGUACAAAUGAACUGCUAUUAGAGACUACUCCUACAUCUUAUCAUGACCAUGUUCAAAGAGAGGAAUCACUGAAUGCAGACCUUCCUACAAUCCCUUUAAUUUGGAUUCGACAGAGCACUAAUAACUUCUCAGAAUUCUGUAAAUUAGGAGAAGGUGGAUUUGGCCCAGUUUACAAGGGUAAUUUAGAAGAUGGAACAGAUGUUGCUGUCAAAAGACUCUCUAAAACAUCUGGUCAAGGUUUAGAGGAGUUCAAGAAUGAAGUAAUAUUCAUAGCUAAACUACAACAUAGGAACCUUGUGAGACUCUUGGGUUGCUGCUAUGAGGAAAAUGAAAAGCUGCUUGUAUAUGAGUACAUGCCAAAUUCUAGCCUUGACUCUCACCUGUUCAAUGAGGAAAAACGAAAACAGAUAGAUUGGAAGUUACGACUGAGCAUUAUUAAUGGAAUUGCAAAAGGACUUCUAUACCUUCAUGAAGACUCUAGAGUUAGAGUAAUCCAUAGAGAUGUGAAAGCCAGCAAUGUUCUUCUGGAUCAAGAGAUGAAUCCUAAAAUAUCUGACUUUGGAAUGGCAAGGGCAUUUGAAAAAGGCCAAAGUCAGGACAAUACUAAAAGAGUUAUGGGCACCUAUGGAUACAUGGCUCCAGAAUAUGCUAUGGAAGGGAUAUAUUCAGUGAAAUCUGAUGUUUUCAGCUUUGGAGUUCUUUUAUUAGAAAUCAUUUGUGGGAAAAGAAACGGUGGAUUCUAUCUUUCAGAACAUGGUCAAAGUCUUCUUAUAUAUAGUUGGAGACUUUGGUGUGAAGGAAAAAGUUUGGAACUGUUAGAUCCAACACUGGAAAAGACAUACAUAGCCAAUGAAGUUAUGAAGUGCAUACACAUUGCUUUGUUGUGUGUACAGGAAGAUGCAGAAGAUCGACCAACCAUGUCCAUGGUUGUUUUCAUGCUGGCAAGUGACACAUCGAUCCUUCCCAACCCUAAUCAUCCUGCAUUUUCAGUUGGAAGAAAGAUCAAGGAAGAAGGAUCAUCAUCAAAAGCUUCCAAGGAUCCUUCCAUUAAUCAAGUAACAAUAUCAAAUAUUUUACCCAGAUAGUGUAUAUAACAUGAUAAAAAAAUUUCUUUCAAAAUACCCGGAUUGUACAACCAAUUACAACAAUGGGUUUGACCCUUCGCUAGACCCUUCUCAUAAUGGGAAUUUUAUACAACAAACU